CGGAAUAUAUAUACUUGGUGUCGUGCAAUGGUGUUGACAGGGAAACAGCGCGAGGACCUGCAUCAAGCUAUCUUGGAGUACCUGUCUGGCUUGGGAUCAACGUUCGCGCAGUCAGCGACGGCAUUCCAGCAGGAUGCCGGCCUGACCAUGGCUGGCGAAAGCGACACGACCAAAACUGGGUUGUUGGAGAAGAAGUGGACGUCGGUCGUGAGGCUGCAGCGGAAAGUAAUGGAACUGGAGAGCAAGAUCCAGCAGCUGGAGGAAGACUCGAAGCUCGGCGGCGUGGUCAGUCGACGCGACGUGACGGGCAUAGGUCGCGACCCGUCCACAUUCCUUCCCCGCGCCCCGCCCAAGUACUCCAUGUCCGGCCAUCGGAGUCCAAUCACAUGUGUCGUCUUCCAUCCUGUCUUCAGCGUCGUGGUGACAUCGAGCGAGGACGCCACGAUCAAGGUAUGGGACUUCGAAACGGGCGAGUUCGAGCGAACGUUAAAAGGCCACACGAAUGCCGUCCAGAGCGUUGCGUUCAACCCCACGGGCACGAUACUAGCGUCGUCGUCGGCGGACUUGAUGAUCAAAUUGUGGGAUUUUUCCUCGGACGGAAGCUACGAAUGCAAGAAGACGCUGCGGGGGCACGACCACAACGUGUGUGGCUUGGUGUUUUUCCCAUCAGGGGACCACAUAGUGUCGUGUUCGAGGGAUACAACUAUCAAGAUUUGGGAAGUCGAGUCAGGGUACUGCACGCAGACGUUAAAGGGCCAUUCCGACUGGGUCCGCGACAUCUGCAUCACGGACGACGGCCAGUUCCUAGCGAGCGGCGGCAACGACCGCGCCAUCACGCUGUGGGACUUGGCGCAAGGGAAGGCCAUCCAGUGCAUGCGGGAGCACGAGCAUGUGGUGGAGACGCUGCAGUUCGCCGCUCGGGGGCCGCAGGGGGCGGCGAUCGAGGCGAUCCAUGGCAAGAAGGUGGCCGAGACCACCGGACAGACCGUCGCGCGGUAUCUAUUGUCCGGGUCCCGGGACCGCACCGUGCGGCUGUGGGAGGCGUUCUCGGGACUACUGCUCAUGAACUUUGUACGGUGUCUACCAUAGCAUACUAUGUGUUGGAGAAGCAGAAGUCGGGAUGAAUGUUGUUGAAACCGGUUGGGACUAGGUGAGCCACGACAACUGGGUGCGGGCCGUGCGAUUCCACAGCAGCGGCAAGUACGCGAUCAGUGCGUCCGAAGACAAGACGAUUCGGGUCUUUGACGUCGAGGUGAGGGAUAAUGACCGUUGUGACGUGAUGCCAGUGGACUGACGAGACUGGACAUUAGUCGGGGCGGUGUGUGCGGACGCUGAAAGACGCGCAUAGUCACUUCUUGACGACGCUGGAUGUCCACCCGUCGCUGCCGCUACUUGUUACGGGGAGCAUCGACAAGUUCGUCAACGUCUGGGAGUGUGUCUGAUUGCAGGGCAUAUUCGGAUGUGAGGUCAAAAAUAAUAGAAUUAAACUCCAAAAAAACACCAAAUAAUUGUGAAAAA